AUGCUUGACUCUCUUUAUGGCGACCUGCCUCCCCCAACCAAAGGGGAUGGUUCAGACAAGGGCGUAUCUACUCCGGCCGCUAGUGGAUCGUUGCUGGGGUCACUAUAUGAUGAUCCCGACGACCCUGCUGAGGCUUCCACAACAACAGGCGCCUCGUCUUCCAGCUCUAGUGGUUCCGCUGCGGUCGCAGCCGCAGCAGCGGCUGCUGCUACUGCGGCUACUGCAGAUACGUCCAGCUCCAGCAGCGCAAUGUGGGCCAGUCAGCGGUUGAAGCUCUUAACUCCGGCCGUCGUACGGCGGCAGACGAUGGCAAAGGCUGCGCCUAAAGCUUCUCCGUCUUUAAACGUGCAAGCUGCUGCAGCGGAUGCUGCUCUUGUUUUAGAAAGGCUUAAAAAGUUGCAUGCAGGGGUCCUAGCGGAGGAACAAAAACCGGAUGCGGCUGCUGGCGCGCGGGCCUCAGCGACUGCUGGUGGAAAAGGGGGAGACGCUGCAGCAGGAACAGCAGACUCCAGUAAAGGGCAGACAGAGCCUGCUGUUAAUGCGGUGUCUGUAACUGUGGGUAGCAACACCCCUCUAGACCCGACGACUUGGGUGCCCGUAGGCCUGUGGCCGCAGGAGUAUGACCCCUCGAAGCCGAACGACUACGCGGCAAUUCACAAGGAGAAAAUGAGACAGCAGCAGAGGGAAGAGCUGGAAAGACUGCGCCAGCAGGAGCUGGAAAAGCAGAAGCAAGAUGAGGAGGCUUCUCGCAACGGAACAGGAGGUGACGGGGGAGAUGCAGCGACCUCCCCUGAGCCUCAGGCGCCGCUUCUUCCGUCGUAUAUCGACCCCAAUAAGAAGACGUUUGCAGCGCGGAUGAUGGAAAAGAUGGGCUGGAAACAGGGAGAAGGGCUGGGAGCCAACAAACAGGGAAUCACAGCUCCUCUUGUGGCGAGAAAAACAGCAAUGAGAAGCGGCAUUAUUGUGCAGGGCCAUGACGUAACGUCGCUCGGUCAAGUGCCACGGGCGGUGACAUUCAACAUGGCCCCGACGCGCAUUUUGCUGCUGCUGAACAUGGUGGGUAGGGGUCAGGUAGACGCAGAUCUGAAGGAGGAGACAGAGGAGGAAGCAGCAAAGUUGGGAAAUCUGCUCCAAGUCCGCAUAUUUGAGGCUGCAGGAGUGCCAGAUGACUGCGCUGUUCGCAUCUUCUGUGAAUAUGAGAGAAAAGAGGAAGCGACACGAGCCCUGCUGACUUUCAAUGGGCGUGCAUUUGGCGGACGCACAGUUAAAGCAAAGUUCUACAGCGAAGAACGGUUCGCUAGAGACGACUUGCGCCCAGAUCCUGAACAGGAAGUGGACCAGCACGUCACUGUGACUAUCUGA